AUGAUUCUGUAUUUGUAUUGCAGGAGGGACAGUAGCGUCAUUAAAGAAGAAAUUAAAGCCUUUCUGGCAAACCGAAGAAUAUCGCAGGCUGUGGUUGCACAGGUCACAGGCAUCAGUCAGAGCAGGAUCUCUCACUGGCUGCUCCAGCAAGGCUCCGAUUUAAGCGAGCAGAAGAAAAGAGCUUUCUAUCGGUGGUACCAGCUGGAGAAGACGAGUCCUGGUGCAACUCUAAGUAUGAGACCAGCUCCCAUCCCUAUAGAUGACACAGAGUGGAGGCAAACCCCACCCCCUGUCACCGCUACCUCCGGUACAUUCAGGUUACGACGGGGCAGCCGGUUCACCUGGAGGAAAGAGUGUCUGGCUGUCAUGGAAAGCUAUUUUAAUGAAAACCAGUAUCCAGAUGAGGCCAAGCGAGAGGAAAUUGCCAAUGCGUGCAAUGCAGUCAUACAGAAACCAGGCAAGAAACUUUCAGAUUUGGAGCGAGUUACCUCCUUGAAAGUCUACAACUGGUUUGCCAACAGGCGGAAGGAAAUCAAAAGAAGAGCUAAUAUUGAAGCAGCAAUCCUGGAGAGUCAUGGGAUCGAUGUACAAAGUCCUGGUGGGCAUUCGAACAGUGACGAUGUGGAUGGCAACGAUUACUCUGAACAGGAUGACAGCACCAGUCACAGCGACCACCAAGACCCAAUCUCCUUGGCCGUUGAAAUGGCUGCAGUCAACCACACCAUCCUGGCGCUGGCCCGGCAGGGGGCCGGAGAGAUCAAGACAGAGGCUCUGGACGAUGACUGA